AUGGCAACGAAUAAUAGUGAAGCUGAAGAACAGAAACUUUGUGAACCUUUCGAGGAGGAGAAGCAGGUGAGAAACCUCGAUGAAUUUAUUACACUCGGAUGGUACUGCACGGUAGUGCUAUUUGCAGCAGAAUUUAUGACACUCACAUCGUUAUCCAAUAUGGUCUAUAUGGUCUAUGCAGGUAUAUCUCCCACUGUUACUGGUUGUGGCUCCGUGAUAUUCAAUUCUUCUACCGAAGCGUGUGAAAGCUUAUCUUAUUUACGAGAAGCUUCUAAUUGCGAUCCCAUUAUUGAAUAUCAGUUUAAGUCCGUGAAUGUUGAGGAUGAUGACUGA